UGCUUAAAGCAGCGGGGAAAAGAACAGUAAAACUGUCAGGAAAAAGCUAUCAUCCAACAACUGAGAUAUGGCAGAAAUGAAGUCGAUAUUCCGUGAAGUUCUUCCAAAACAAGGACAGUUGUCUGCAGAAGAUAUAACCACACUGGUGUUGUGUAAACCCAAACUUUUACCCUUAAAAGCUCUGACCCUGGAAAAACUGGAGAAAAUGCAACAAGCAGCACAAGAUACAAUUUGGCAACAUGAAAUGGCAGAAAAGGCAAAGCAGAUAAUCCACUGAAUGAUAACACUUCUACAGAAUACCCUCCUUUACCUACUAUAAUAGCAAAAAAAUAAUCUGUAUGCUGGAAGUAGUAUGUUAGGAAAGUUGAUUCACAUAUAUAAUAUAAAAAUACUCAACUAAUAAGACUAGUAUUGAACAUAAACUAUUAUUGAAUAUAUCCAAUUUCAAAAUAUUGAACCCAAAUUUUAUGAGUUUUACCCAAGUUUUUUGAACAGCAAAUUAUUGUUCCCAAUUCUUAUCACUGUCAGUUUCCAGGUAACAUUCUAGGCCCAAGUUACAAAUACAACUUUUAUAUUCAGAGACUCUACACAUCAAGACCAAUGAAUCGAAGGAAAUGGAAAAGUCAAUUUAUGGUGAACAGUAUAAUUGAACAUUUAGUGGUAAAUUGAAUGUCAUAUAUACACACUGACUUUUAAUGAUUAAAAUUUACAUAUUAUAACAUUAA